CAACCUUUUUCAUCUCUAUUUACUCCUCUUCUCAGUUCUUACCAUUCUUCUCUCUUCCUACUUUUCUUGAACAAGUCUUUCGCUGAAUAUUAGUAGCCCACUAUUUACUCAGCCGGCCUUUCCUGAUCGCCAAUCUCAUAUUUCUUCUCUUAUUCAACUUCGUCCUCUUCUUUCCAGAAAUGGCGUAAAGGAAUUUCUGCAGCUGAUUGGUAGAGACAGAGAUAAGAACUCCCCAGAAGAAGAAGAAAGACUAAAGAGAUGGAAAACUGGAAGAAAAUUGCAGUGGUGGUUUUGCCAAUUGUGCUUUUACUAGUACUUGUGAUUGUAUUUCUUAGAAGAUUAUAUUCAUCCGGAAGACGGCAGGAUCGUAUAGGAACAUUAAAACACACAGAGAGUUUACAAUCUGGGAUUUCAAAGCUUCAUCUACAAUACAACUCAACAAAUGAUCAUCAAAAGAAAAGGAGGACUAAUUAUUAUGUUUUUAGACGUGGUGGGUUGCCAGUAAAACCUCUGUUUAGUUGGUCAGAUUAUCCAUCACUUGUUACAGAAGCAGUUGAAUAUGGUUGGUCAAGGUUUGCAUUUACAGGCUAUAUGCAAUCAUUAUCUUCUUCAACGUCGACGGCACGAUCGGUUUUACUAGGUUUAUGUUCAUCUGGUGAUUAUUUUCAUGGAAGCAGAGAAAGUGAAGCUGAAAUUAGUUGGGAAAUCUGCAAUGGAUCAGUAGAUUUCAUGCAGAAAAUCAAACUUAAUUCAGGGGUUAGUAUUAAUAAGAAGGGUAUAAUUAGUUCAUCUCCUCUACCUUCAGGUGCUUCUUCUGUUAUUAAAACUGCACUUCCAUUACCAGGACCAUCUUUAGGAAACUAUUCAUUUCCUCAGGAAGCUUAUUUUGAGAUUACAAUCUUAUCAAUGAAUGAAGCUGAUGAAAAUGAUGUGAAUUUUAAGGGGAGUAAAAAAGGAGAUCAAGGUGAGAAAACUAAGCUAAUGCAAGAAACAGAAGGUGGGAGCCCGAGUGGCCGGUCGGAUUCAUUAACGCAUAUUACAAUUACCAGUAGCAUGGACAGUAAAAGGUUUGAAGAAUUGAAAGCUAUUGGAAACAAGGAAGAAACUAAAGAGGAAGGUAUAAUGAUGUCAUUGGGGCUUGCAGUUGGUGGUACCCUUCCUUCUAAACUACCUGGUAGCUAUCCUGGGUCAAUUGGACUCAAUUCUAAUGGUUCUGUGUACCUUGAAGGAACCUAUCUUAUGUUUGAAAGUCACAAAGCAAAAUGGGGCACUAAAGGCAAGGUAAUCGGUUGUGGAUUCAAUCCAGAUGAGAAGAAAGUGUAUUUCACAGUAGACUCAGAAUUGGUACAUGUUAUCCAUUGCAAAUCUGAAGAAUUUGGAGGUCCACUUUUUCCGACUCUGGCAGCCAAUGUUAAAGCUACAGUUUUGAUUAAUUUCGGGCAAGCGGAGUUCAGGUAUGAACCAGCAAAUGCUGAACGGACUCCGAACCCAUGCUUCAUUGGAGCUCUGGGGCUUGGAAAUGAAGAUAGCCAAGAGCUUUUCUCUCUCGGAAGAAUCAAUUCGCAAACCUACAACCACUACCACUACAACGAAAGCUACCACAGCGACAAUGUAUCACAGUCCAUCGAAGGAGAAACUGACACGGAUGAUUUUUAUGAUAUAAGCCUGGAGCAGAGUAAACACACUGGCAUACAUAAAAGCGAAGUUUAACUUUACUUAAACUCACAAUAUUAGCACAUACAAUGAAAUCAGUGUCAUACAGUCCUAACAGUUUCAAUUCAUAGUUGAAUGGAUGAAAAUAUAUAAAAAGGAAGGGAAAUCGUAGCUAGGUAUACAUGCACAUUUUUGCCAGUGUAACUCCAGUGUUUGUAUCAUGUAUGAUCUGUGUAUAUAUAUUUUUGUUACUGAGACAGCAACAAGUAGCAUAGCUUAAUCUUUUCUCCAGUUGGGAGCAGGAUGCAGUGUGUAUAAUGUACUUUUCCAGUUAACUCUUUCUUUCAAGCCAAACUUGGCAGUAAAUAAACAGGUGAAGAUUUCAUCUAAA